AUGAAAUAUGUGAUGGACCUUAUAAAUAAUAAGGGAAAACAGCAUAAACCAGAGAACGAUCAAUGGAUUAUAAUGCCAUAUAGAAUCAAUACUCUCCAUCUUUAUUCUUACUUCAACCAUCCAAAUCAGCUCAAAUUAGCACUUGAAGGAGGAGGCUCACUAUUCAAUACCAAUUUCGGUGAAAAUGCUCUAUCUUUUGCUAUUAGAUUAGAUUAGAUUGUGUAGCGCAUUUAAGGUCCUUACUUCGUGAGCUUCAUGCUGCGAUGCUACCUGAAGAGUGGCUGGAACGUAGCGCCUUGAGUCCGGGCCGAAAACCCAGUUUCUCGGUAGAGGUGAGGUCAUGCGUCAAUUAGGCAUUGUUGAUAGCCUCCAUUUCCAACCCAACGCGUUGCCUGAGAUUUAUCGCGAUCUUUGCCCUUCUCAAUGCCAGAACCGCUUUUUGAGAACGCAUUUUAAACUAGAGAGACCACCCUGUUGGUCUAACUCGCCUUCCCUUUUAGCAGGUCAUCGUUGAAAAAAAAUAUUCAACCGCUUGCGCAAUUCGGGUGAGCCACUAUAGCAAAUUUGUUAGGUAAGUCGCCCUGCCCCAUUUCGGGCGCCCACUGGCCUGAGUGCUGCUAGCAAAAAGAAGUCUCAAGUAACUACCCAAGGAUCAAGUCACAAAAAACAGUGGCUCUUGCGCUUAGCCCCCUGGCCUCGAGAAUCCUUAUAUUGCUGGGCCAGCCUGGGACUCCAAAAACAAUCCCCAGAUAUACACGUGUUACCAUCAUUGAGAUGACGGGUCGGACGUCAUCCACAUUUUAUAUAUAUUAUCUUUUGCUAUUAAAAAGCAGUUUUCAGGCUGUGUGAGCGCAAUAGUGUCCUCUUUUGGAAAACUUUUAAAAGGAAAUUCUAAUGCCCUUAACUUUAUAUCUGAAGAUUGCAUUAUUGGGCUUAAUAUGCUUGGCUAUCCUUCUUUAACCAAGUUUUAUAAGCUAAUCUAUACUCCUUAUACAGGAAAAUUCGUCAAAUUUGUUGACGAAUCAUUGCAAACCCCUAUUUAUUAUCACUCAAAAGAAAUUUAUCCAUUAGAAUCAAACUUUCUGCAGCAAGGACAAAAAAGAACUGAAGGCAAACCUGUGACAUGUAUGCUUACUUCUUUGCCGCUUCCAUUAACUAAUGGCUCUAAAGCGAGCACUGAUUUCUUAGACAGUCUUGAAGAGUGCCCGAAUUCCGCUAUUUUUACGACUAAGCUUAUACAAGAUAUAUUAGAUCAUAAGUGGGAAAACCUUAAAUGGGCUAUGUACUGGCAAGCUAUCAUAUAUACCAUCUAUAUGGUUUUGUUGUCGGUUUAUCUGCUAUAUUUUAUAGGGGAACCGUUGCCUUUGAUAAUUAUUUUUUAUUUUCAGCAUUCUGCUGUCUGCCUACGAAGUAUUUCAGCUUGUCACAUCACCUUCAGAGUAUAUAGAGGAUAUCUGGAAUUAUAUAGAUGCGAUUAGAACUAUAUUGACUAUAGUCUACUCAUGCCUUAAUUGGGUAGGAGAAGAGCAUUAUACUAGAUUAAGUAUAGCUCAUACACCUUAAUAGAUCUCUAUACCCCAGCAGAAUACCGACCAGAAAAAAUAUGAUGCAGGACACCUACUUUAUACUUUUUAGGAACGCUGAGAAUAGCCGUGUGCCUCCCAUAUGCAAGAUUAUGACUCUCGCUGUUGAUGGUUUUGAAUUCUUAUGAUAAUAAAUGAGCUCAGAAAUAG